AUGAUAUUCUCGGAUAUGAACACUGUCUCUGCCUCUCCUAAAGUGCAUCCUCCUAAUGGGACCCGGUUUUAUACUUUUCAGGAAUUUGCUGCACUGACAAAAGAAUUAAAUGCAUGCAGGGAACAGCUGCUUGAAAAAGAGGAAGAGAUUUCAGAACUAAAAGCUGAAAGAAACAACACAAGACUGUUACUGGAGCAUUUGGAGUGCCUUGUCUCAAGACACGAAAGGUCCCUGAGGAUGACAGUGGUGAAGCGGCAAGCACAGUCUCCCUCAGGAGUUUCCAGUGAAGUUGAGGUCCUCAAAGCUCUGAAAUCUCUGUUUGAGCACCACAAGGCUUUGGAUGAAAAGGUAAGGGAACGACUGAGGGUUUCUUUAGAAAGAGUCUCUGCACUGGAAGAAGAACUAGCUGCUGCUAACCAGGAGAUCGUAGCUUUGCGUGAACAGAAUGCACACAUUCAAAGGAAAAUGGCAGCUGGGGAAGGGUCUGCUGAAUCAGAGCAUAUUGAAGGAAUGGAGCCAGGGCAAAAGGUUCAUGAAAAGCGCCUAUCAAAUGGCUCAAUAGACUCGAAUGAUGAAGCCAGUCAAGUUGUUGAACUUCAGGAGCUGCUGGAAAAGCAAAACUAUGAAAUGGCACAGAUGAAGGAGCGUUUGGCUGCACUGUCUUCUCGGGUGGGAGAGGUAGAGCAGGAAGCAGAGACUACGAGAAAGGAGCUCAUUAAAACAGAGGAAAUGAACAGUAAAUAUCAGAGAGACAUUAGAGAGGCAAUGGCACAAAAGGAAGAUAUGGAAGAAAGAAUAACUACGCUGGAGAAGCGCUACCUCAGUGCUCAGAGGGAAUCCACCUCCAUACACGACAUGAACGAUAAGCUGGAAAAUGAACUGGCAAACAAGGAAGCCAUCCUGCGCCAGUUGGAAGACAAAAACAGACAGCUGCAAGAGCGUCUUGAGCUGGCUGAGCAGAAGCUGCAGCAGACGAUGAGGAAAGCUGAGACCUUACCUGAAGUGGAGGCUGAACUGGCUCAGAGAAUUGCAGCUUUGACUAAGGCAGAAGAAAGGCAUGGAAACAUUGAGGAACGUAUGAGACACUUAGAAGCUCAACUUGAAGAGAAGAAUCAGGAACUUCAAAGAGCAAGGCAAAGAGAAAAAAUGAAUGAGGAGCACAACAAAAGAUUAUCGGAUACUGUAGACAGACUUUUGACAGAAUCCAAUGAGCGUCUACAACUACACUUAAAAGAGAGAAUGGCAGCACUUGAAGAAAAGAAUGUUUUGAUUCAAGAAUCUGAAAGUUUCAGGAAAAAUCUGGAAGAGUCCUUACAUGAUAAGGAAAGACUUGCCGAAGAAAUUGAGAAACUGAGGUCUGAACUUGAUCAAAUGAAACUGAGGGCUGGUUCUUUAAUUGAACCCACCUUGUCAAGACCUCAUCUGGACACAUCAACAGAGCUGAGGUACUCAGUGGGCUCACUGGUUGAUAGCCAGUCUGACUAUCGGUCAACUAAAGUGAUAAGGCGACCUAGGAGAGGCCGGAUGGGAGUACGCAGAGAUGAACCGAAGGUGAAAUCGCUGGGCGAUCACGAGUGGAGCAGGACGCAGCAGAUGGGGGUUCUGAGCAGCCAUCCGUUUGAGAGCGACACCGAGAUGUCGGACAUCGAUGACGAUGACAGAGAAACGCUGUUCAGCUCCAUGGACCUGCUGUCACCAAGUGGCCAUUCUGAUGCCCAGACUCUGGCCAUGAUGCUUCAGGAGCAGCUAGAUGCAAUCAAUAAAGAAAUCAGGUUAAUCCAAGAAGAGAAAGAGUCAACAGAAUUGCGUGCUGAAGAGAUAGAGAACAGAGUGGCCAGUGUGAGUCUGGAAGGUUUAAAUCUAGCCAGAGUCCACCAAGGUACCUCCAUUACUGGCUCAGUGACAGCAUCAUCACUUGCAAGCUCAUCUCCUCCCAGCGGACACUCGACUCCCAAACUCACCCCUCGCAGUCCAGCCAGGGAGAUGGACAGAAUGGGGGUUAUGACGCUGCCAAGCGACCUAAGGAAGCAUCGGAGAAAGAUUGCAGUAGUUGAAGAAGAUGGGCGUGAAGAUAAAGCCACAAUCAAAUGUGAAACUUCUCCUCCUCCAACACCCAGAGCUAUCAGGAUGACUCAUACCCUUCCUUCUUCCUACCACAAUGAUGUCAGAAGUAGUUUGCCUGCUUCACUGGAGCCAGAAAGCAUUGGUCUUGGCAGUGUCAGCAGCAGUCAGGACUCUCUGCACAAAGCUCCAAAGAAGAAAGGAAUCAAGUCUUCAAUAGGACGAUUGUUUGGUAAAAAAGAGAAGGCUCGACUUGGACAGCUCAGAGGUUACAUGGAAACAGAGGCAGCAGCUCAGGAAUCUCUGGGAUUAGGCAAACUUGGAACACAAGCAGAAAAGGACAGAAGACUAAAGAAAAAACAUGAACUUCUGGAAGAGGCUCGGAGAAAAGGUUUGCCUUUUGCGCAGUGGGAUGGGCCAACAGUGGUUGCCUGGCUGGAGCUCUGGCUAGGGAUGCCAGCCUGGUAUGUCGCUGCCUGCCGUGCCAACGUGAAGAGUGGGGCCAUCAUGUCUGCUUUGUCCGACACUGAGAUUCAAAGAGAAAUUGGAAUCAGCAAUCCUCUUCAUCGUCUAAAACUCCGAUUAGCAAUCCAGGAGAUGGUAUCACUGACAAGUCCAUCAGCACCUCCAACAUCCAGAACAAAAGAGUCUGAAGAAGGCAGUUGGGCUCAGACCUUGGCUUAUGGUGAUAUGAACCAUGAAUGGAUAGGUAACGAAUGGCUCCCCAGUCUGGGUUUACCUCAGUACCGAAGUUAUUUCAUGGAAUGCCUGGUAGAUGCGAGGAUGUUAGACCACCUGACAAAGAAAGAUCUGCGUGUGCACCUAAAAAUGGUGGAUAGUUUUCAUCGAACAAGCUUGCAAUAUGGAAUCAUGUGUUUAAAGAGGUUGAAUUAUGAUAGAAAAGAACUGGAAAAGCGAAGAGAAAUGAGUCAGCAUGAAAUAAAAGAUGUGCUGGUAUGGAGCAAUGAUCGAGUCAUACGCUGGAUACAAGCCAUUGGCCUGCGAGAAUAUGCAAAUAAUAUUCUAGAAAGUGGUGUACAUGGUUCACUUAUAGCACUGGAUGAAAACUUUGACUACAGCAGUUUAGCUUUAUUGUUACAGAUUCCAACACAAAACACACAGGCACGGCAGAUCCUUGAGAGAGAAUACAACAACCUUUUAGCACUAGGAACUGAAAGACGACUUGAGGAAAGCGACGACAAGAACUUCAGGCGCGGCCCGUCGUGGCGGCGGCAGUUCCCUCCACGCGAGGUGCACGGGAUCAGCAUGAUGCCGGGCGCGUCGGAAACGCUGCCCGCCGGCUUCCGCCUCACCACCACCUCAGGGCAGUCGCGCAAGAUGGCGAGUGACGUUGCUUCAUCACGACUGCAGAGGUUAGACAGCUCAACAGUUCGCACAUACUCAUGCUGACGAGGCCUAGCAAAGAAGCCAGCAC